AAACCUCCAAAAAAAAAAAAUUCAAGAACGAAAGAGAAGGAACCGAUACAAUUAGUCGCACAUAUCCUUCAUAGAGUUGGGUGACGAUAUAGAUAGUCUUUUUUGACGAUAUAGAGUUGGGUUAUUUAAGUUUGUAUCAGUAGUCUAAACAUCUUAGAAGCAGGUCUUUUUGGGAUGUGGCUCCUUCCCCAUCAGAUCCUUGGUCUUGGCGUAUGCUCUUGUUCCUUAGACCUUUGGCGGAGCAAUUUGUUAAAUGCAACUUGGGUAAUGGCCGCAUAGCUCACUUCUGGCAUGACAGUUGGACUUCCCUUGGCCCGCUGAUAAAGGUUAUGGGUGAUUAUGGCUCCAGAUCACUUCGCAUCCCUCUUAACGCUAGGGUGGUUGAGGCUCUUGGGGUUAAUGGCUGGAAGCUCCCCCUUUCUCGGUCUGCUCCAGCUCAAGCCAUCCAUGACCACAUCUCUACCAUCACGACCCCCUCUCCUGCUACAAUUGAAGACUCCUUUGAUUGGGUUGUUGGUGGUGUUGUUUGUCAAGGUUUCUCUUCGGCAAGGACUUGGGAUGCUAUUAGACCAAGAGCACCGGAAUUGGACUGGGCAAAGGCUGUUUGGUUCAAGGGUGCUGUUCCUAAGCAUGCCUUCAACAUGUGGAUUAGUCAGUUGGAUAGACUCCCAACUCGUCAAAGGCUAGCCUCUUGGGGCCAUAUCCAGUCUUUCGAUUGUUGCUUAUGCACUAUUGAGACUGAAUCCAGAGACCAUCUCCUUUUUUCCUGUGAAUUUGCGGCUCAAGUUUGGAGAUUAGCGUUUUCUCGCUUAUGUCCGCGUCAGAGGCUGUUUUGCUCUUGGGCAGAGCUCCUCUCUUGGAUGCGUUCUUCCUCUUCUUCGGCGCCUUCCCUCCUCAGAAAAGUCUCAGCCCAUGCUAUCAUCUACAACAUUUGGCGUCAGCGCAACAAUGUCCUCCAUAACAAUCUUAGGAUCGCUCCUAUUAUCAUCUUCAAGAUUGUCGACCGCGAGAUUCGUAACAUCAUCUCCUCUCGUUACCACAGAAAGAGAUGGCGCAACCUCAUGGUGCUUUGGAUUCGCUAA